GUAGACUGCUGUUAAUGAUGAUGUGCAGUCGUUAAACACUUCCACGUACAGUAAAUAAUAUUUAGUCAAUUUGAACACAUAAAACAGGAGACUUGAUAAAUAAUGUGCAAAUCAAGUCAUUUGCUAUUAACGUAUGGAUAAGUUAAAAGAUUCAUAAAGAAGUGCUAAAUUAAAUGUUAUUUGCUACAAUAGUCGCACACAAAUGGGCAAGGAUCAGCAUUUAUUGGAGGCAGCGCGCAAUGGCGACAUCGUAACCGUUGGCAAGCUGCUCGAGCUGACAACCAAGCGACAUGGUCCAUUGUCCAGUUUUCGGCGCAGUGUGAAUAUUAAUUGCCAGGAUGUCAAUGGUUACACGUGUCUGCAUCAUGCCUGCCUCAACGGACACAGCAGCAUUGUGCGCCUGAUCCUCGCCCACAAUGUCCAGGUGGAUGUGCCGGAUAUACGCGGAUCGACGCCGCUCUUCUUGGCCUCGUGGGCGGGUCAUCAGGAUAUUGUGAAAAUGCUGCUCUUUAACACUCCCGUUGCGGCGAAUCCCAAUGCGCAGACCAUUGAGAAUGAGACACCGCUGCAUUCGGGCGCCCAGCACGGACAUAAUAGCGUCGUAGCCAUACUCUUAUCGUAUGGCGCUGAUCCCACCAUACGCAACAAUAGCUUCCAGACAGCUUUGGAUCUGGCAGCACAAUUUGGCCGGUUGCAGGUGGUGCAAACGCUUCUACGUGUCGCACCCGAUCUGAUAGCACCGUAUCGGCGGUUUGUUGAGAACGAGAGCUCGUACGAGGUGCUGGAUUACUCCAAUCGAUAUACGGCAACGCCCACAAAGCUGAUCUUCACGCACACAUGCCUACACUUGGCUAGUCGCAAUGGCCACAAGAAAGUGGUUGAAACCCUGCUGGCAGCCGGCGUUGACGUCAACAUUCUCACCCACGCGGGCAGCGCACUGCACGAGGCAGCGUUGUGUGGCAAGAAAUCUGUGGUUGUUGCACUGCUCAAGGCGGGCAUCGAUGUACAUGCCACAGAUGGCAACGGACGCACCGCACUCGAAAUACUCAACGAUUACCCGCCCCACGUCACCUACGAGAUUGUCGGCGUCAUAAACGAAUUUACAAAUUUGGCCGAGUCGCAGCUGUUGCGCUCAAACCAAACGCAGCUGGUUAACCACAGCAACAACCACAUCAACAACCACAGCAACAACAGCAGCAACAAUAAUCUGGUUUUGGAGAACAACGGUCAAUCGCUGCCCCGGCGUCUGUUCGAAAAGAACGCACAGCGGCACAAGACCAGCAAGCACAAUGAUCCAGCCAGACUGAGGAACAAGCAAGACCAAACCAAUGGACUUUCGCACUCUUUAAGCUCACUGGAUAAUUAUACGCGGCCGCCAGCGAAUUAUUUGGACAUGAAACCGGUCCGUCCACAAAAGUCCUUCAAUGAUGUGCACACUCUGGAGCCACGUGUGGAUCAGAUGUGGAUCAGCUACAAGCCCGUCUACAAGCAGCCCUACCAGAGUGCCCUACUUCAGGACAGUAAUAAUUUCUCAAAUGGUUCAAUACCCUCGCGCUCCUACGAGUACAUCAAUCUGCUCAAAACAACAGGCUCCAGCAGUGAGGAGCAGAGCACCACCAACAGUUGUAGUUCUGCAUCGGCUCCUCGUCAACCAAUUGUUAAUUAUGUGAAAAUGACACUGCCAGAUCCAUCGCCAUCUCCAAUUCCCGCUCCACGCCGGCACAUAAACGCUGACUAUGCCAAUCUGCUGCCCGACACAAGCAUUGAUAACAACAAUAACAAUAACAAUAGCAGCAACAACAACAACAAUAGCAGCAACAACAACAACAAUAGCAAUAGCAGCAACAACCUGAAGAUAAUGCGACAUUCACCGACUCCAGAUUAUCCGCCACCCACUGUCAACGAGGCAGAGACGACAAUCUUUAAUUUCAUGCAGCCUGUGUUGCCACGAACUCUUGAGGAGUCUACGACAUCAUUUUCUUCGGAUCAGGUGGAGGAAUUUGUGGGCGAUAUGCCAUUUGCAGGUCUCUUCAAGGGAUCAACACUGAACUUGGCACAGGAUAUGGUGGAUGGUGGACGUGGAGCAUCCGUGGCACGUGAGAACUUGCGGUCACCCAGCAUGGUGAGAUCCGUGAAUGCGUUGAACAAUCAACGCAGAAGUCUGUCCAAGCAGCGCUUUUCCACAACUGGCGAGGAUUUUAGUGCUUCGCGUGUCUGGGCUGAGAUCGAUACGAUCUUCGAGCAUAUUGGUAAUGAAGUGUCCACAGUGGAAUACGAACAGGAUGGACACGAGGAGGAGGAGCAGCAGCAGCAGGAGGUGGAGGUGGAGGAGGAGGUUGAACAGGUGCAGGAGGAACCACAACGUUGCCCGGUCGUAGAUCCGAGACAAUCGCUGCACAUACGCAGUCCUGUCGAGCUGCUUUUGGGCAAAGCGGAGGAGAGUCCAGCUUCGCAUUGGUGCCAUUCGCCAUAUACGCUUGUCUACGGCGAAAUACGCUACUCCGUUUUUUAUUUGGGUUCGACUGUCAUACGGCAAUUGCAGGGAACAAUUUCGACUCGUAAAUCAAUACAGAAGCUAAAGAUCGAUGAGAACUUCAAGCCCACGGCGAGUGUUAGCGACAUUAGUCUGCUUGAGAACUGCACAACAUCCACAAAGUAUCUGAAAGCGGCCAAUUUGCAGACGCGUCUCAAAGUGGACAUCGCUGCCUCCUGCCUGGGCGUGAAGUUUAUAGAUCAUGAUACAAAGACUGCCAUCUGCUCGCAUGACAUCGAGAACAUUAAUUGUGUCUGUCAGGAUGCGGAAGAUAUGCGUUACUUCGCUUAUAUAACCAAAGAGCAGGAUCUACAUUAUUGCCAUGUCUUUAUGGUUGACAAUUUGGAGUUGGCCAACGAAAUCAUACUGACUCUGGGCCAAGCCUUUGAGGUGGCCUAUCAACUAGCCCUGAGCAGGCAGAAUACACCGCUUAACUUAACUGAAGAGUGCUAAGAAAUUGUGUGCCACAAACUGCCUUAUGAGGUCAUUUAUAAUAUUAACGCCAUUUUAUUGUUCAUUUCAUGUAUUAUUAUUUGACGUGCUAGUCGUUGAUGCCAUCAUAAAACUGUCAUUAUUUUGUAAAUGUGUCAGCUCUUUAAUAGUAUUUUUCAACAAAUCUUUGAAUAAAAUUUAAAUGGUUAAUUCAAAAA